GAACUAAUCAAUGAAGGUGUGUAUUGAAGUACCUAAUUUAUUCCGAAUGAUGUGUAAAAAAUUAUUCAGUUAGGAGCCGAACGAACAAUUAAGACGUUAUUGCACAUUGAGAAAAUAUAAAAAGUUAUUAUCGUGUCGUUAGUGUUUUAAAAAAUGAAAAUUAUCGUAUAGAAUUUCAGUUCGAACUUUUGAAAAAAUUGACUGUCAAAAUGAGUAGUGUCCCUGGUCUUUCUAAACUAAAAAAGAAACAUUUUCGAGUUAAACAUCAAAAAGUAAAGCUUUUUAGAGCCAAUGAACCGUUUCUUUCCGUCUUCAUGUGGGGUAUAAAUCAUACAAUUAAUGAACUUAUGCAUGUUACAAUUCCGGUUAUGUUGUUGCCGGACGACUUCAGAGCUUAUUCGAAAAUAAAAAUCGACAAUCACCUUUUCAAUAAAGAAAAUAUGCCAUCACACUUCAAAGUUAAAGAAUAUUGUCCUAUGGUAUUUAGAAAUAUCAGAGAAAGGUUUGGAAUUGAUGAUCUUGACUACAAAGAAUCACUAACAAGAUCACAACCAAUGCCAGAUGAUUCGUCAGGCAAAAGCGGUGCUAAGUUUUAUCUAAGCUACGAUAAAAUUUUUAUAAUUAAAACCCUUACGUCUGAGGAGGUAGAAAGGAUGCAUUCGUUUUUGAAACAUUAUCAUCCUUAUAUUGUAGAAAGACACGGCAAGACGCUUCUGCCGCAGUACCUUGGUAUGUAUCGUCUAACGGUAGACAACGUCGAACACUAUAUAGUAGUAAGUAGAAACGUAUUCUCAAAUCACUUAAGCACACACAGGAAGUUCGAUCUCAAAGGAUCCACUGUCGACAGGGAAGCCUCGGAAAAAGAAAGGGAAAAGGAGCUGCCCACGUUAAAGGAUAACGAUUUCGUUAAUGAGCAGAUGAAGGUGACAAUAGGAGAAGAAGCCAAAGCCAAACUUAUGGAAACUCUCACGGCAGAUGUAGACUUUCUCACUAAGUUACAUUUAAUGGACUACAGCCUGUUGUUAGGUAUUCAUGAAGUUGAAAGAGGAGAACAAGAACUGCAGCGACAACGCGAACUAGAAGCCGAAAACCCUCAAGAGUCCGACGAAAGCGAAAGCGGUUCCGGCCUAGAGAAUAGGACUAUGGGCGUCACCACGCCUCCCGAUUCACCAAACGCCUUCGGACACUACCUCCAUCGCGAACACAGCCUCCAAUACGAAGGUAAAUUUAAUAAAAUUUACCAGUAUUUAGACUUAGUGACAGGUUCAUUCAAACUGUUCAAAGCGUAUCCGUACCUCAAACCAAAAAAACGUAUACGGCUACAAGGUGGCAUCAUCCCGGAAUUAGACAUAUACGCCAUACCGUCGUCUGACUCGGCGCCCGUCAAAGAAAUCUAUUUCAUAGCCAUCAUCGAUGUUCUAACCCACUACGGAGUGAAGAAGCAGGCCGCCAAAGCAGCCAAAACCGUGAAGUAUGGAUCGAACGUCGAUGGAAUUAGUACCUGUGAUCCCGAACAGUAUGCCAGGAGGUUUAUUGAUUUUAUGUCGAAAGCCAUUGAGUAAAAGCUAUUGUAACGCAACGUUUCUGUUACUUUAUAGAUUGGCAGGAUGAAUUCGAAAUCUUAAUCACUUUACCCGCGCAAAUUCCACAUAUUUUGCGGUUCUUCGAUGGACAAGCAAAUUGCUAAACAAUUUGGUCAGUAUUUUAUUCGUUAGUUUCUAUAAAUCAAAUUACUUAACGUAAAUAUUGUGAUAAAUUUUAUUUUAUUUUCAAAGAUUUAUAAAGAAAAAAUUAAAAUUAGUAUUAUUAGGUUUUUAAAACGACAAAAAAAUGUUAUUGGAUAUAAAUUUAAGUCAAAUUCAACGUUGCAAUAGUUAUAUAUUGCAAAUAUUUCUCUGAUUUACAAUAUACUAUUUUAGUAGUAAAAAAACUUGUUCUUUAUGUAAAAUAAAUUUUGCAAAUUUAAGGGAAGGAAUGUUAUGAAAGCAUAAUAUCAGCUGUAUAAUAUUUCCAGCAAAAAAUUUUCAUCUACAGAAUAAAUAUUAAGUGUUUAUCACUUCACUUAAAAAGUCCUGGGCUCAACUAAUAAAACGUCAAUGUUUUGGCAAAAGUCCGAACAGAUUUGUCAACAUAGUCUCUUUAUAGACUUUUCAACACGGCUCUAUCAAUUCUGUACUCUUUUUCCUUACCUGUCCCAAUGGCUUAUCUUGCUUCGUCGUUGAAUCUUGUAGUAUGUAGAUUCAAGUGCCCUUGUGACACGAUUGUGCAUUAAUAAAACUCCACUUUUUUACUUUCAGUCACUUUAAUUAUGCCAAGAGACUGAUCUCAGCUACUAUAAAAGACCGUAUAAUAUCUUCGCAGCUAAGAGUCCAAUUGGUGUGGUCAGUUCCAUAUGAGCAUGUUCCACAUUAGAAAACAAACAACUUUUGUCUCCCGCCAUGUGUAUAAUUACAGUUGAGAAUGUUAAAAUACACUGAGCGUCAUCAAAAAGAAGCCACGUAAAACUUUUUUCAUUUAAUAACCCUACAAGAAAUUUAUUGUCAUUAGGUGUUUUGUGAUGUUUAAGAAUAUGUUCUAAAGCACUAUGCAACCAUUUCUUACAUAACAAAUGUCAAAAAAAACUUCUGCCAAAAUGAUGAUUUUAAUGAAACAUUUUUAAAAAUAUUGUGAAUUUUUUCUGCUUCCAUAGUUUCCAUGCAUGUUUUUUGGACCAUACAACGACUGACUCCGUGCUGUUUGGCCAGUUCUCUUUGACUCAUUCCAUUAUUAAUCAAAGUAACAAUUUGAACAGAUCUAGCAAAUCUCUCAGCCAUAUUCCAAGAAAAACAACGUACAAACAACACGUGCAUUCUCCGAAGUCGUAAAACUGAUAUCAAUUUUGCGAAAUUAAAUGACAUGUCGGCACACAAUGACAGUGCAUAAAAGUGUUUCUGCAUUGUUGUAGUUUAUUUACAAUAGAAUAAAUUGCAUAAACUUACAAUUAUUGAAAAAGUCUUAUAAAAUUCUAGGUGGUCUCUUUUUGACGCGCAGUGUAGAAUCAAAUGUUGAUUCUUGCCAUGUUAUAUUAAACCAAGCACAGUUUUCAGUUGGAAAACUGAAACUAACCUAUGAGGUCAGUUUUGCCAUACUUUACAGCUAAAUUCUACAUCUGUGACAUAGUAGAUAGGGAGAACAUGUAUGUGUAUUGUUCUUCCUAUUUACUAUAGUAAAAGUUACCUGGCAAUGACAAAAUUGAGCUCAAAUCUUGACAGGUGACGUUUGACGUCUCGUGCUUUCAGUAUAUGGAUUUGUUAGUGGCGACCUCUAUAUUUGAACGUCGGACUUAUUGAGUGAUGUGUUACAUUAUUGUCAUUAAAUGGUCUUAAAAUGGAGUUAAACAAAUUACUAUGUAGAGCACAUAAUAUGUACAUUCUUUGUAAAAUAUUCUACGGCUCAUUUGAUUAAAAAGACGCAAGAUUAAGAUUUCAUAAAAUUUAUGUGUCAAUCUAACAAAGUCGUAUUUUUGCCUUUACAGAGAGAGGUUAUGAGUCUGAGAGUGUGUAAAAUUUAACUGGCCAUAUCAGAGAAUAUUCUCGACUAUUGUUUUCGGAAGAAAUGAUUGUUUUACUACCUUAAAAUUAUGUGCGAACAAAAAUAAUAAACAAAAAAAAAUGGUCAGUAAUAUUUGCCAACUUAUCGGAUGUGUUUGGUCACAUAGUGUGGAUUCUAGUCUGUUGGAGCUUCUGUUGGUGGAUUUUCUAAACCAGAUCUGGACGUAUUUAACUUUACCUACGUUAACAAUAACAAACAUGUUAUUAAUUUCAUAUUAACAAACUAUUUCAAUGUAUUUUGAGGUAUACAUUUUUCUCCAGAUUUUAAAACUGUUUUCAAAAUUAGUAUUUUGAACAGAUCUUACUUACAUCAAACUUUGAGACGUUAAAUUUGAUGUUUUGUUCUGUGUUUUCAUAUUUAAUCUAUUAAAAGAUGAUUCUAGAGAAAAUUUUUCGAAUUCGCGCUUUUUUAUGAUAUCAUACAAUUUACUAAAGAAAACAAGUACCGAAACACUUGUAGGUAUAUCUUUUUAUUCAGAAAGUACUCGACUAUUAUUGUUUAACAAAUAGUAAAGUUAAUUAUGUCCUUUUCUAAUUAGAAGAAUAGUUUUUUAUUAUAAAUUUUUAAUACUACAAGCUAAAAUUUAAUAUGCUUUAAUUUAGUGCUAAGGUGAGUUUCAGCGUAUUCCUUGAAACUCAUAUUAUCGAAGAUAAUAAAAUGUUUUCAAGAAUCUUGCUUGUUUUCCUGAUAAGUACUUUUAACGGAACAACCACCGAACGGGGGUAAUUCAAAUAGCCAAAUUUUUAUCUAGAUGAGAUACCUGGCGCAUAGCAUUUGCGCAACGAUCUACGCAUUUUUCCCACUGUCCUCGCUAUAAUGGAUGAGCUGUACCGUACAAAAAUUAGACGCGUUAAGAUUUGGUAAUUAUGAAUUACUCUCGGACGUGGUUUAAAUCGAAGAAAAUAAUGUAAGACUUUGUUUUUCCUCAUUUUUUAUUUAGAUUUAGAAGUGGACAAUUUUAUUUUAAGUUAUGGGGUCAAUAGGUGACUGUAAAUAUUAAACAAGUGCUUACUUACCUCGUUCCGAAUUAUAUUUUUUGUAUUUAUUCUUAUGUUUCAUUUAUUUGCAGAAAUUCAUAUACAACACUGUUUUUUCGACACAAUUUUACAUCGAUAAUCACACUCUUGAGUCACUGACACAUAUUAAGCGAGCUUCUAUAAAAUAUGCAAAUAAAUGAAUCAAACCGUUUGUUUUCUAUUUUCUUUUAAAUCCAACUUAAUGGUAAUGUUUCAAGAUAUAGUAUUUAGAUUGUUUCAGAUAACAGCUCAACAUUUUUAGGAAAAACGCAGAUUUUUCUUGUUAUUAGUUGAAACAAAAAACUGCUAAACAGUGUAUUCAAUUUUCGCCAGUAUAAAGUAACCUGUGACUACUGUGACGUCACGUGUUAAUUACAACGUGUCACGUGUUGUAUACUAUUUGCUGAUAAUUAUAAAAGAUAUUUUUGUGAAGAU